GCAAGCUGCGACUUUGGGGCGGACCGAAUCUCUCUCUCUCUCUCUCUCUCACACACACGCACCCUUUCAAAGAGGUAAUGCUGAAACGGUUUUUCAGUGUGUGUUCACUUCCCCUCUUCCUGUAAGCUCACGGAACACAGUGACAUGGCUGCACGCGGAAAUAGAGUAGAAAACACCGACACCACCGAGGUUAUGUUUGUGUGAUUUAUCCUGAUCGUGUGUGCCUGCGCGCGUGUGUGUGUUUUGUGCAGGACUGCUUUGAAGAUGCCUAUGAUCAAAUCCCAAUUGCCUCUAAGAUGGACCUGCCAUCAUCAAUAGAGGAGUGCACUCUGGCUCUCAACCUGCUACUAAACAACAAGUUCACUGAAGCUCUGGACAUCCUCAGACCAUGGUAUAAGAGCAGUGUGUAUCAUGCUCUGGGCUAUAGCAGUAUUCUGGUGAUGCAGGCGGGAAUGACCUUUGAGCACAAGGACAUUCAAGUUGCCAUGACAGCCAUCAAGGAGUCUCUGCAAACCUGCCAGAAGUUCAGGAAGAAACGUUCAGUGGUGGACUCGCUUUCUAGUUUGGUCUCUAAACAGUCAUCUAAUGGCCUGAAAGCAGAGGAGAUGCACGCAGAGGUUUGUUAUGCUGAGUGUCUGCUACAGAAAGCUGCGCUGACCUUCAUACAGGAUGAGAACAUGAUCAGCUUCAUUAAGGGUGGCAUGAAAAUCCGCACCAGCUAUCAGAUAUACAAGGACUGCCAGAAUGUGUUAAACAUGUGUCAGGAUAUGGGCAAGCACAUCGAUGCCUUAAUACAGUUUGAAAGUGGAGUGAAAUUGGGCAUUGGCUCCUUCAACCUGAUGCUGUCGCUGCUGCCUGCCCGAAUCCUCCGACUGUUGGAGUUCAUUGGCUUCUCAGGGAACAGAGAGUUUGGACUGGCCCAGCUGAGGGAAGGAGCAGCGAGUCAUAGUCUCAGAUCCAUCUUGUGUGUGUUAACACUGCUGGUGUACCACACCUAUAUCUGCCUCAUCCUCGGGACAGGAGAAGGGAAUUUGGUGGAAGCAAAUGCUUUGUUAGAGCCAUACGUGGACAAAUUUCCUAAAGGUUCCAUCAUCCUGUUCUACACGGCACGGAUCGCUGUACUGCAUGGACAUUUCCACAUGGCGCAGCAGAAGUUUGAGGAGUGUAUUAGUUCUCAGGAGGAGUGGCGUCAGAUUCAUCACCUGUGUUACUGGGAGCUGAUGUGGUGUCACUCGUUCCAGCAGCAGUGGAGUGAAGCGUACCGUUACGCUGAUCUACUGUGCAGAGAGAGCCGCUGGUCUAAAGCGAUCUAUGUGUAUCAGAAAGCUGCUAUUCUCAGCAUGAUGAGUGAAGAUGAGGUGAGGAACACUGGGGAGGACAUUGUGGACUUAUUCAGGCAGGUGGAGGGGCUGAAGCAGCGUUUAGCUGGAAAGUCCAUUCCCACUGAGAAGUUCGCAGUGAGGAAAGCUCGCCGAUACUCAGGAGCCAAACCUGUCAAAAUGGUCAUUCCUGCACUGGAAAUGAUGUACAUGUGGAAUGGGCUCACCAUUGUGGGGAAGCAGCCAGAUGCCACAGAGGCAUUACUGAUCACUAUAGAGAGAGCAGAGGAACAACUGAGGAACGACCCCAAGCCCCCAGAGUAUCACACGGAUGAUGAGUGUUUGGUGCAGAUGUUGAAGGGUUUGUGUCUGAAACAUCUAGGGAGGUUACUGCAGGCGGAGCUCUGCUACUCACAGGUCCUCGCAAGUGAGAAGAGGAUUCGUUAUGAUCAUUAUUUGAUCCCCUUCACUCUUUAUGAGCUCGGUUUACUGUACAAACUGCAGGGAGACGUUGCCAAGGCAACCCGAUACAUUGAGGAUGCCAAGGUCAAUUAUAAGGAUUACUCGAUGGAGUCUCGGCUGCAUUUCCGCAUCCACGCAGCGCUGGACAGCCUGAAAGUUCUCUUCAUCGCCAUGACAACUCAUAGAGCAAUUCAGUAGGUCUUCAAUAGUGCAAUUCAAUUGUCUAAUAGUUCUGACAGGUGGAAGUGUGAGACAGUUCAGCUUGUAUCAGCACAAUGUUGGUGAAAGUUACGAAGACACAGAAUAUUUAUUGAACUCUAAAAUCCAAGGUGGCUGCUUUCAGGAAUGUAAUGACUCAUUUUAUUGUUUUAUUCAAACCAAAUAUUUGUGUUUAUGUGUGAAAGUGUGUGUGAAUAAUUUGUUGGGUUUUUUUUGCUUACUUUUUAAACGACCCUCACUGCAGCACUUCAGCUUUGCAUACUUUGUGUUAAUGAUGUGUGUAUAUAUGUAUACAUUAUAGUCUGACUAUUUAAUAAUAUUAUCAUGGUAAAGUGAGAGUUUAAUAUUAGCACAGACUCAAUACUGAGUGACACUUCACAUCUGUUUACGCUUUAAACAAGUCAGAAAAAACAAGCAGUUAUAGCAAUAAACUAUAAUAAACAAUAUGUCAGUGAAUAUUCUCAUUCAGUUCAGUUGCGUUCAAUUAAAUUUCCUUGAGAUACAAUAAACAACAAACAGCUAUAAUGUAUAUAUAUAUAUAUAUAUGUAUAUGAAGAGUUUGGUUCCAAAACGUGAUGAGCGCCAUUUAAAAAAAAAUCAAGUUUCCACCAAAAGAAGUUUGGCAUUUGAUCGCUAUUCAAAGUUCCAAAAACAGUUUUAUGCAAAACGCGAUAUCCACCACAUUUUUCUGCAUUAUGUAUCCUCCUUCUGCACUACUGAUUUUCUGCCGAACACAAUACCUCCACUCGACCAAUCACAGUGCACCAUUCGAAUACAGAAACAGUAACAGCAGCUCCCAUUGACUGUGAACAUUGCAGAGAAUCCCCAUUUUGUAGUGAGAUUUUGAACGAAAUAAAUGAAUAAUUUUGAUGGACUCAAACAUUUCUUAUCUGAAUGUGUUAUCUUAUUAUUCCAGUAGAUAAUGUGGUCCAAUGUUAUUUUCCACUUUGAGCACACCUAAUUCCUCCUGGGAUAUAAAUAUGCCAAUUAAUACAGUAUAUAUAGGCACUUCCUAAAAGCAGAGCUCCCAGAUGAGUGUACGGAUGGAUAUAUCACAUUUUGGAAAAAAAAAUCAGUUUUUUAAAAAUAAAAAUUUAAGAAUCAAAAUCUAGAUUUGCAUUUUUAAUGUUAUUCCAACCUCAGAGUGUUAUAUUAAAGUUUCAAACAGAAAAUAGUGUUUUUUAUGCUACCAAUUUUUUGGCAAAGAUAAUAAAUUUUUUUCUCAAGUUUACCGCAGUGGAUUUAUCAUGUUUUGGAUCAAACUCUUCCUAUAUAAAGGAUAUGAAACUCUUCAUUGCUUUACUUUGCAGAUUGUGAGUUUCAUUUUUUAUGCAUUCACAAACAUAAAAGUAUAAUAUCCAUUACUUCAAGUAAAACAAGUGAUCUUAGCUUUUUCCUCAAACAACACAUUUAUACAAACUGUCUCCAGCAAGCUAAUGGCUUUUAAAACAAUAAAAACAUGCAGAGUGACAUCACAUGCUUUUUUUUUUUUAAUCACUGACAAAUCAAGGAGCAGCUCAGGGGGGAAAUGGAAAAAAAAAACUAGUACAGAGUGCUGGAGUGAAAGUUAUGCCAGUAUUUACAUGAGGAAAGUGAAGUACAGAGUCAGGUUCUGCAGCUGAUUCAGUGGAUUUUCUGAGCUCCUCAUUCAGAUUAUCAAAAUCACCUGCCUGUAGUCUACACUUCAGAGGCUGCUGGAUUUUUCUUGAGUAGAAGUAUCCAAGACAACGGCAUCAAGACCACCGUUCACCUGCUUGCUUGAGUCAAUAUCGCAUAAGAAAAACAUGCUUAAAUCCAAGGUCAGAAUCACUCGUACCUGAGAUACCGCUCUGUUUUAGACAAACUUUGCUCUGUGUAUGUAAUUCUCUCUGAAUAUUCACAAGUCUAUAAGUCUGUGUGUAGUUUCCUGACUGAGCACUUCCCUCAACUUUGAAUAUGAGUCUGUGUGAAUAUAAAAAGAAAUACGAGACUGUAAUUCAGGAAUUCUGCAGUAAUGGGCCGAGUCUGGAGCACAUCAGACAGCAGUGAUUGGCUAAAAGAAAUAUGUCCUUUCAGGAAUAUAUUAUCAGUAGCAGAGCAGAAACUGAGAUCAGUUCUGUAUCAUCUGCAUACGACCCUUUCUCCAUCUUGUAACUAGCCGUUAAUUUGCAUAUCAUACACUGUAAUAGCUGCCUUGUGUUUAUUCCAGGUGAAGCUCAGUGUCCUGUACAGCUUGUCGGUGAUGAGAUGAAUAAAAAUAUGAAUAAACAGAUGUACAGAUAGAUGUAUACAGUAUAUCAUAAACAGGGCAGAGUUUUAUUUAUAUCAAUGUUUAUGUUGUGUGAGUAUGAUCAAAAAUUACACACCGACGUCACAUGACCAAUCCUGUUAGCUAUGAGGAUGUAAAGAGACAAUACGCCACAAAGAAGUAGUUCUGGACUCAACUAUAGGAUUUAUGCCUCCAUUCCAAACUGCAUACUACUGUACUAAAUAGUGCACAAGUGUUCAGUUAUAUGAUUUAUGGGAUUUAAGCUGUAUUCCAAUAUACACCCUACUCGACUAAAUAGUGUACAGGUUGUAUUUAUUAAAGCUUUAUGCCAAAACACAUUACACUACACUAGUAACUAGCAGCUCGAGCCUCCCAGUGAUAUGUUAUAUGUUAUAUGUUGCACCCUUCACCACUCAGCCUGAAUCUUUAUUUCUUUAUGACGUAUAAUUUAUGACGUUUAAUUAUAAAAUGAGCUUUUUUUCCCCCCAUGUAUUUGUUCACAUUUUGAUUGCGUUUGCUGUGUUCAUUUCACCAAAUGUUGAUGUGUGGAAAAAUCUAAUAAAAUGCAACAUAAUAAUAAUAAUAAUGAAAUAUACUUGUUGUGCUGAGUUGCAAAAGUUUGUACACCCAUGACAAAAUAAAGAAAAUUAUAA